CACACACACACACACCCUCACACAGACACACACAGACACACCCCCACAGACUGAGUACCAGCCGCUGGGGAGAUGCCGGAGGAGGCGCCCCCCACCCCCCACCCCCCGGGGCUCAGCGCCUUCAUCCCGGACACAAGUUUUGUGAAGUCGCGGAAGGGGCUGCUGUUGGCUGCAGAAGUGAUCCUCUCCUUCAUCAUUUUUAUCUGUUACCUGGCCUCUUCCUCUGCCUCCUUCAUGGCUGCUCCCCUCAUCGAGUUCCUGCUGUCUCUCUGCGCCUAUUACCUCUAUGCUACCAAAUACAUCGAACGCUUCACCAGCUUCCACUGGCCAUUUGUGGAUUUCCUGCGCUGUGUCACGGCUGCCAUCAUUUUCUUUGCGAUCUCGAUGUACGCGGUGACGAAAGGGAACGACGCGGCCUCGAAAGCAGCAGGGGUGUUUGGCUUUGCAGCCACCAUCGUCUUUGCCUUUGAUUUCUACUAUAUCUUCAACAACCUGGCCGGGUUCCUGCACCCACAGGAGCUCCCCACACACAACGCCACCAUCAGCAAGUCAACAGGAGUCGAUGAUUCAGACUUCGAUUCCGAUUGAGACAUUGAAACUAGACGAGAAGGAAAAAUAACAGCAAAAGCCGGAUCGUUUUUAUAUGCACCAUUGUGUUGUUUGCCACUGACCGCGUGCCCCCCCCCCCCACCCCACCCCUCGUGCGCACACACAGUGGUGUAUAUGCAAAGAUCAUGGCUUAUCCGCCUCAGCAGAUAAUCGGGUCUCCAUUGGAAGUACAGACCCUGUAGUCCUUUCCUCCCCGCUGACCUCCCAUCCUCUCCCGUUGACCACAGCUCUCCCAUUCCUACCCCCCACCACCUUGGGUUUCAUUUGCAACCAGGAAAGCCCCCACCCCCUUGCAUACACACACACAACCAACAAGACUGAGCCAGAGCCCCGCAAGUACUCCCUCCUCAUUAAUGGAAGCUUAUCACAUUAAGGUGUGUGUGUGUGGGGGGGGGAAAUGUCCCUUUAAGGAGAUAAACAUGGAUUCAUGAUCUGUGGAGUUUCUAAAUCUUUUCUGCGGCCCAAAACUUUCAAAACUUAAGAGUCAGAGUCUCCUCUGAGCGAGCGUGUUCUGUACCUGGUGGAUUCUCAGUGACAGCAAUUAAAUUCAGUGUCUUAUUUACAGACAGA